GCACACCGCCGAUAUCGGUUUUGGAAUCAACCUCCAGGCCUAUCACGUUCAGAAGGCCGCCCCCCCCCCUCUUUGGCGCCACCCCUGGCGCGCGCCGCUGGCAUCCAGCACUCCUGGAUGGUCAAGGACCCGGACCUCGUGUGGCUCGACGACAAGCACGAGCAGGUGGGCCGCGCCGCGGCGUUGCUGGGCGGCCGCGAGGUGCACAUGCCCACCCUCGCCCACGCGGCCGCGGGCGACGAGGCCGCGCUGGCCGCGCUGAAGGCCGCCGUGCGCGAGCGCCGCGCCCGGAACGAGCCCAUCGUCGUGAAGCCGCGCCACGGCUCCAACUCGAAGCACGUGAGCCUCUGGCCCGCGCCGCUCGACGCGGGGGAGGCCGAGGUGCUGGCGAGCGCGGACAGCGCCAUGGAGUCCUGGGACGACUCCUGGGACAGGGAGUCGUGGAACCAGCCAACGCCGUGCCGCGCGGCUGCCUCCUCCAGCCGCUGUACGCGCCGAUGGCCUCCUUCCUGGGCCCUGGGGAGGAGGCGUGCGCCCUGCUCUCCCGGCCGCUGGAGCUCAAGGUCCAGGUGCUCUUCGGCGAGGCCGUGGGCGGGACCCUGA